UUUCAUCUAUCUACGACAUCGUCGAUAGGUUUAGAGUCGUGACUUUGCCCCGGUGACCGAGGGCUCUGAUCAAGAAGAUCUUGCUCGAGAUGUCUGCUCUCGCGUCUUCAUCAACUGUGGUCGCACCAGCUGGAAUGGACCCGGACAAGUAUGAAGCCAUCAAAGCGUAUCGAGCGAAAGUGAAAGAGCACACAGAGAUUGGGGAAAGGUUGAAAAGAGUUCGAUUGAAUAUCCAAUCUUUGUCUGGCGACUUUGACAAGACGGAGGAUGAUAUCAAGGCGUUACAAUCCGUGGGCCAGCUUAUCGGAGAGAUACUCAAACAGCUGGACGAUGAGAGAUUCAUCGUCAAGGUAUCCUCUGGACCUCGAUAUGUGGUCUCGUACAGGCCAACCCUGCCCGCUGCCAAGCUCAAACCUGGCGUCCGAGUCUCCUUAGACAUGACCACUCUCACCAUCAUGCGGAUUCUCCCACGAGAGGUCGAUCCCAUGGUUUAUAACAUGUCCUUGGAGGAUCCUGGCGCGGUAUCAUUUGCCGGUAUCGGUGGUCUUGGAGAGCAGGUCAGAGAGUUGAGAGAAGUCAUCGAGCUGCCCUUGAUGAAUCCCGAGUUGUUUGAGCGCGUCGGGAUCAAUCCACCCAAGGGAGUCCUGCUGUACGGGCCGCCCGGUACAGGCAAGACACUGUUGGCCCGAGCUGUCGCGGCAACCCUCAACACCAACUUUCUCAAAGUUGUCUCAUCAGCUAUCGUCGACAAAUAUAUCGGAGAAUCUGCUCGACUCGUCAGAGAAAUGUUCGCGUACGCCAAGGAGAAUGAGCCCUGCAUCAUUUUCAUGGACGAGAUCGAUGCCAUCGGGGGUAGGCGUUUCAGUGAAGGGACUAGUGCGGAUCGAGAGAUUCAGAGGACAUUGAUGGAGCUGUUGAAUCAGAUGGAUGGAUUCGAUUCUUUGGGCAAGACCAAGCUCAUCAUGGCGACCAACAGACCAGACACAUUGGAUCCUGCUCUGAUGCGACCAGGUCGUCUGGACAGAAAGAUUGAAAUUCCUCUUCCGAAUGAGCAGGGACGACUGGAAAUUCUCAAGAUUCACGCCAUGAAGAUCAACAAGUCUGGAGACAUUGAUUAUGAGGCCGUGGUCAAACUCAGUGAUGGUUUCAACGGAGCAGAUUUGAGAAAUGUUUGCACCGAAGCGGGCAUGUUUGCCAUCCGCGAGGAUCGCGACGCGAUCGUCCAGGAGGACCUCAUGAAAGCCUGUCGAAAGCUACGCGAUGCAAAGAAGCAUGAGACUGCAAUGGAUUACAAGGCGUCAUAGAUAUGCCCUGACAAUGAUGAUGAUGCAUGGUAAUGGCUACAA